AGUGUGCCGCUGUUGAUUACUUCUUUAUGUGGUUUCUACAAUAGCCACGUAGUUCUGACUUUAAAUUCAGAAUUCUGAGAUUAAAGUCAGAACUAUUUUUUUUCUUAUGUGUGGCACUAAUCCUCUUCCGUAGAUGCCUGUCUUCACUGCCGUUUAAAUAAAGUGCUGAUGAAGGACUAGUAUCAAACAAAACGUGUUGUUCGAUGGCGCCAUUUAGUGGUCACACUACGUAACGUCAACCCGUGGUGACGGGCCACAGAAGAGCGGUGUCUGUCAACGGGACUUCACAGCGACCAGACGCGGGCAUGAAACUACCGUUUCAGCCAACUAAUUUGAUACUUGAUUCUGCAUUUUUUUUCGGUCUACCAAGCGUAAGUAAUCACUGGUUGUCAGCAUGGCCCAACAGCCUGCUGAGCUGCUGCUGGUCAAGGAUCAGUACGAGUUGGCGUUUCACUGUCUGAGCCAGGGACGCGGGGCAGAGGACGCCGGUAAAAGGACCGAGGGCCUGGACUACUACCGGCGGGGCAGACAGCACCUCCAACAGGGACUGGAGAUCCCCACGAACGGCGAGCGGCACCGAGGCCCCCACUGGGACGCCGCCAGACAGCUCCAGCAUAAGAUGGCCGCCAUUCUCAAGAACCUGACGCUACAUCUGGCCGAUCUGGAGACCACCAAGCAGACGACUGAGGCCCAGAGAAGCCGGGUCUCCAUGGAUCCUCUCCCCGCCGGUGUGGACACACUGGAGUCCCAACAGGGCUGUCUGUACCCUAGCAUACCGGCGAUGCUCGCUCAGACCUCGACGUUUCCGGAGCUAGUACUGCAAGCACAAGACAGCCUUUUUACUGCUGGGAGUUCGACCCCCGACCUCCCCUCUCUACCCCCCAGACCCCUUGUCCUUCCCGGGGACCAGCCUCCGGCGUACACCCCGCGGCCCGGCGAGGGCCACCAGAGCCUCAUCGGGAGCGCUGGCGGCGUGUUGUGGGGACAGGGGCCCGGGGCCCUGUGUGGAAGGGUGGGCCAGGAGCUGGUGUUCAUUCCUGCGGGGGUGCAGAUGUUCUUCGUUGCUCCAGACGGACAGGUCAGCUCCCUGUUCCAGCCGGGGUACCUGCGCGUCUUCAGGUGUGAGGAGGAACGUUCUCCAGCGGCAACCGGCAAGGAGAAGCCCUCCUCAGCCUACCUUCAUGUGUGCGACUGGCUCUAUCCGCUGGCGCCAGACACCCCCGUCCUAUUGGCCAGCUCUGGGAUCUACAUGUUCCCGGACACGCUGAGGGCCAGCCCGGGCUCCUACGUGGGCAUCGUCCUGUCCAACGAACUCCCCUCCGCUCACCGAGAGCUGUUUAAGGACGUCCUGGCUCAGCUUGUGGAACUGCGGGUUCAGGUUCCAGUCGAGGGCGAGAGGUCAGAGGUCAUCAACCUGAGUGAAAAGGUUCCCCUUGGACCGGUGGAGGAGGAGGAGGAGGCAGCCCCGCUCAUCGUGACGGGAGAGGAGAAACCUCCACUUCCUGAGUGGAGCGAAAAGAUGGCCCAACAUAUCUUGUCAGGGGCGUCGUGGCUGAGCAAGGAGUUUCUGCGCGGGGCCGAGUUCACGGGUAAGGCCGUCCACAAAGGGGCCACCAAGCUGCGCACCAACAUGACCCCCGAGGAGACCCCCGUGGAGAUCAGCCCCAAGGUCACCAAGGGCCUGCAGGCCGCCCAGCAGGCCACCGGGGGUGCAGCGCGGGUCAGCCGUUUCCUGGUGAACGGCGUGAGCACGGUUGCGGAGGCCGUGGGCGAGCGGCUGGCGCCACACGUGAAGAAGCACGGCGCCAAGUUGAUCCCGGAGAGCCUGAGGAAGAGCAAGGACGGCCAGGCCUCCAGCAUGGACGGGGCCAAGCUGGUGGCCGUCACCAGCCUACAGGGCGUUUCUGCCGUGUGGACAGCUCUGGAGUCAGGAGCCAAGACCGUGGGUAAAAGUGUGGCGUCGGAAACGGUCAUGACCGCAAAGUACAAGUACGGUGACGAUGCGGGUAGAGCCACGGACACUGGUGUCCAAUCGGUGAUCAAUACUGUCGUGGCCGCGCACAACAUCGAUAACCUGGGCAUCAAAGCAUUCAUGAAGACCGCGUGCAAGAAGACCGCCAAAGCCAUGGUCAAAAAACCUGGCGAGAAGAGAGCGCACGCGCAGAUCGAGGGCGGGGCGGAGACGGCGCAUGAAUCGAAGGAAUAAAUAGUAGACCAUAGAGACUUUAUUUAAACCAGCGUAUUGUUAUUUUGGUAGGCCACCUGAUACAGGGAUACAAUGUGUUUGAAAAGCUAUAGCGCACGCAAUUCUGUUUAUUCUUGUUUGUUUGACAAAUGUAGGCCUAACAAAGUUAUUUUUAUGUUUGUUGAGUUUUAUUUCAGAACUUCAUUUUAUGAUUGCUUUAGAUUUCUUCUAAAUCUGCAAUUUAUUGCACUUUCUACAAUGGAUUAUUUUAGCCUUUUUUUCUUUUAUCUAUUUCAUUUCAUUGUAUGACGAUUUUUCUAUGUGAAUCAAUUUGAGUCUGCCUCGUGUA